AGGCUCUGGCUCCCCGCGACCCUGCAUGGGACAAGCGGUUUCAGAAAGUGUGUGAGUACGCUAUUUACUGUACUUGCCCUUUUGUACUGCCUUACUUAUUAUCAGCACAUCCUUGUCUAAAUAUGUGUUUAUUCAAAUAUGUGUUUGUUCAUGUCUGUUCACGUCUAACACGAGCCUCGUCACAAGCAUUUCAAUGCCCAGGAUACUCAGUGUAGCUGUGCAAAUGACAAAUGAACGACUCCGACUCUUUCUCGUGGUUCUCCGACCCUGCUGUUGUACCUAUAGUGCAUCCAGCGGAGGGAGACUCCGUGUGGAGAAAUCGGUUUUUCAGUCCUUCAGAAACAAUAACAGAGCCGUUUGCUCUCCGUUUCGCAAUGAUGUCUCACUGCUGUUUUACCUUAUUUCACUGCUUCUUGGACUUUGUGAACAGUGUCCUGUGGGAAAAGGUUUGCCUGCCUCGCAAAUGCUUUCCAAGCAACAAGAUUAAGGACAUCUCUUCAAGAUUACACACAAGAUGUAUCCUGUGAAGCAAUUUUGCAAAAAAAAUCCAAGGAUGCAGAUGCAAGAGGUUUGGUUGUUCUCUCUCAGUGUUUUUGUAUUGCAGGUCCUUCAAUUGUUUAUUUUACUGCAGAGGAGAAAGAAAAAACAAGCUACACAGCCUUUUCCCGCCUUUCAGAGCAAUACAGUGCGCGCAUGCUCAGUAGCUUUUCGAGCCCAAUCGCACAUUCGUCAUCCGGGCUUCUGCACGAAUAGAGUCUGCGCAUGCGCUGCACUUUGUCGCCGGCAGGCGGAACGCGCGCACGACACGAAGAAGCGGGGCCGAGAUGUUCGCCUGCCUGCGCCAACCAAGUUCGUGUGGAGCCCGUCCGUGGUGGACGUGGGAACCACUGCCCUGGUGCCUCAUGGCCACUUCUCCCAGGCAGCUCUAAGGACCUUCCAGACCAGCGCUGCCACCAGAGACGUUGACACCGCUGCCAAGUUCAUUGGUGCUGGAGCUGCCACAGUGGGUGUGGCUGGAUCUGGGGCUGGAAUCGGAGCUGUUUUUGGAAGCCUGAUCAUUGGAUAUGCCAGGAACCCUUCCCUGAAGCAGCAGCUCUUCUCCUACGCCCUCCUGGGUUUCACGCUCUCCGAAGCCAUGGGUCUCUUCUGCCUCAUGGUCGCGUUCCUCAUCUUGUUUGCCAUGUGAAAUGUGUGCAGUGAUUGUCAGCUACCAAAACCACUCUCUUGGCAUCGUGUACAUUUCUAAUGUUUUCUUGAAGCUUGUCAGAACACAUGUAUUAAUGGGACAUGAUUAAAAUACAUGUAUUUGACU